GCGUGGCGUGGCGAGGUGGGUCAGGCGGGCUGGCGGGACAGGCAAAGAGCGGGCUAGAGGAUGGGAAGGGGGACUGCCAGCAGCCCGUGGCAUGGACUAACUCCAAGGGGCUCAGGACUUUGAAGCAGCUCUUUCCGACCUGCCUGCUUUGAGCUGUUCAUAAUGCCUCUUGGGAAAGGCUGGAAGAAAACAGUGGAAGACAUUGCCAGUGUCUACGACAUCAAGGAGAAGCUGGGCGCAGGGGCCUUUUCGGAAGUGGUUUUGGCCCAGGAACAUGGAUCUCAGCGCCUUGUAGCCCUCAAAUGUAUUCCUAAAAAAGCACUGCGAGGUAAAGAAGCAGCUGUGGAGAAUGAAAUUGCUGUGCUCAAAAAAAUUCAACAUGAGAACAUUGUUGCUCUGGAAGAUAUUUAUGAAAGUCCCACUCAUUUGUACCUGGCCAUGCAGCUGGUGACAGGCGGAGAGCUCUUUGACCGCAUCAUUGAACGGGGCUAUUACACAGAAAAGGAUGCCAGCCAGCUCAUCCGGCAGGUGUUGGAGGCUGUGAAUUACCUACACGAUCUGGGAAUCGUUCAUCGGGAUCUCAAACCUGAAAAUCUCCUAUAUGCCACACCAUUUGAAGAUGCCAAGAUUAUGAUUACGGACUUCGGGCUGUCUAAAAUUGAGGCUGAUGGCAUCAUGUCUACCGCUUGUGGAACUCCUGGCUAUGUUGCCCCUGAGAUCCUGGAGCAGAAGGCCUAUGGAAAAGCUGUGGAUUCCUGGGCACUUGGUGUCAUCUCCUAUAUCUUACUUUGUGGUUAUCCUCCUUUCUAUGACGAGAACGACUCUGAGCUUUUCAACCAGAUCCUGAAAGCUGAAUAUGAGUUUGACUCCCCAUACUGGGAUGAUAUCUCUGAGUCAGCCAAAGAUUUCAUCCGCCAUCUUCUAGAACGGGACCCUGAGAAACGAUUCACUUGUGAACAAGCUUUGCAACAUCCCUGGAUCUCUGGGGAUACAGCUCUGGAGAAGGAUAUUCAUGGAUCUGUGUGUGAGCAGAUUCAGAAGAACUUUGCUCGCAGUCAGUGGAAGCGAGCAAUCAAUGCCACAUCCUUUUUACGCCAUAUCACCAAGAUGGGGCCAGGUGCAGAGGGUGAAGAAAUUGGAGAGGCAACAUCUGGAAGACAGCGUGGAAAAUGGUGACCCCUCCCCCCCAGAGGUGGGUUCACUAAAGAAAAAUGUGCUUCAAGAGCCUGGGCCACUGCCUUGCAUGAGCUACCCUCCUGCAUGCGGCUUCACAGCCCCAACGCUGCGUCAGCACCCUCCCCCCAAGUGUGGGGUAUCCUUUCAUUUUGUGCUCCCCCCCCCAAAUCUGGGGGUAUCUCUGCCCCGAGGGGCUCAGGAGUUCAGUCAAGCCGAGAGCAUCCCUGUCCAGCCUGUUUUGAGCCGGCUCAAAUGCAAUCUGCCUGGGGCCAGAGGUCAUCCCAUUGAAGCCGGUGGAGCCUUUGCAAUCUUGCUGCGUUACUCACCUCACUUCCAUCCAUAUCAGCCAUCGAGGCUAGCAACCUACUGGAGAAUCAGCGGAGAUGGUGGUGGCAGGGAAAUAAAACUCCCAGCCAUUCUUCGCCAGCUGUUGGGGUUGAUUUCAAAAUUGCUUUGAGAAGCUAAUUCUCCUCCUGUCCUCCUGAGUCAUAGAAGGAUAGCUUUCCACAGAAGGGAACAGCUGGUGUCGCUGAAGGAAUACAGUGAAACCUGACCACGCUGUUGUUGGAAGAGAAGGGACUCUCUUCCAGUAGGAAGAUGGGAGCUGCCACAGCAAAGUCGAGGGCUUUUUCUGAGAUAUCGUGAAUCUCAGCUACCUUAGCUCAAGUUGAAUCAGGAUCAAAAUGAAAUUCAGUAGGUGUUUGGGGAACCUUAGUAGGGUAUGCCUGAGUGUUGCCAGACUCCCCAAAGGAUAGAACUUCCUUCUGAUCUUAGAGCAAUGUUGUAACCGUUUGAAAUAUGUGUGAGAUUUUGGGCGGACAAGAUCACUGCUGAAUAUAUGCAGUGUUUUAAAAAUGAGCUGCUUGUUUAAGAAGAAGAGCCAGUGUAAUGCCUAAAGUAGGGUCAAGGCAGUGAGCUGAUGCAUCUCCUUGGCCUAGGAAGCAACUGUCCAAUCUGAUGUUUGACUUGUAGGUAAUACAAAACAAAGGUUGUUCCAUCUGCUGUUGAAUCUUCACAUCUGGGUUGGGUUUUUAGUUUGUAUUGUAAUUGCUAGGCUGAGUAAGAAGAAGACCGUGUCGGAAUUCGAUGGAAACAGCGAGCCAGCGGGGUCCUGUCAGAAGAAGAAAUGGACUUCUGGAGGAGUUUGAUGCUCCAAGCGAAUUAAAAUUAAAACUAUUACUGUAGUAUCCCUCUCCCUAUAAUAGAAAUGAGCCACCAUCUGUAGGAUGGCUUCAGCAUCUAGGCUGCUUCCAUCCAUGAGCCUUCGUUUCCAUUAUAUCAUUGCUUUUCAGGUUUUGUACUUUGUGGGACUGGAAUAUGAAUCCACGUGAUGUGUUUCCCUCAUUGCAAAAAUUCCAUUUACAUUAGCAAGCAGAUUAUGACAGGAUCUUCUCAAACUUCUACAUGUCAUCCCACCAAGCCUUUAUUCCCUCAGACCCCCCUGGUUGUUUUGAAAAUACAUGUGCUAAUGUUUUGCACACUGGUUUUUUUAAAUUUAUGCCAGAAUCUCAAAAUACUAUCCAGUUUUCAGUAAAGACUUCCUAGUGUAAUGUAGGCUUUUUGACAUUUGGCAACCAUGAAAAGGUUAACCUGCAACAUUAAGAGGUCCAAUAAGGUUGUUAAAUGUAUAAAUAAAAUGAUAUCAGCAGGGAUCCUGAUAUCCCCAACUAGAAGGUUUGUGCGCAUCUUUUCCCUCUUCUAUGUCAAUAUUCCAAAGGAGCAAAUAGGAACAUUUUAAAAAAUACAAUAUAUAUAUUGGCUAUUCGCUUACAUAGAUAUUUUUUUGACCUUGAAAGGGAAAAAGGAGAAAGAUUAAUAGAAGUGAGAGAUAGAGCAAAUUAUAUAAAAAAAGAAAUUGUACUUUGAAAUUUUAGUUUACUGUUUAAAAUAAUCACCAUCCUGGAAUAUGGGAGUAAGUGAACCAGGGCAUUUUCUCAAAAUUUUUGAUAGUGAAGGAGUAUAGAAGAUUUUUUUUGACUUUGUAGAAUAGUGUUUCUGUUCUGUUUUUAGCUAAAUGGAUUAUCGGUGGUAAAGAGAAAAAAAAAAAAAAUAAUAUGUGUAUGUGUAGGGAGGUAUUACUGACCAAAGGAUGAUGAAGAAAUCUCUCUGAUGAUAUUUUAGCAAUUUUUUUGCUAGCACAUGUUAGAAGGUCCAUCUGGCAGCCGCUGUAACUGGAAGGAGAAAUGCUUUUUGAAAUGGAGCCAUGGAUGCUCCCCCACCCCAAUCAAUAGGGUAGCCACAAGAUUUCCAACAUAAAGACAGUGAUUGACAGGGAAACGGGUAGCGAGGCCAGUAGUUAUAUUCCACCUUUUGCACCACCUGUCUGUAGCUUGCCUGCUGGACUGGACGUUUACUUUGCUGAGUUGCUUGGAAUUGGAGACUUUCUUAACAUUCUUAGUGGGAUGGAUGGGAAUUGUUUUCCUUCAUGCUUCCCUCCCCUUAUACAAAUGUGUCAAAUAAACUGGUGAAAACAGGAA